CAGUACAUAGGUGGACGCUGAAACCGACGACCGCAGUUGGAAGGACGAUAGCAGGAACUUCGGCUCCCGGUGACUCUGUCAUGUCGGAUGCGGAGAGCGAGGCGCUCUGGAGAAUCGUUCAUGUUGCGCAGAUCUACGUUGCAUCCACGACAUCGAUUUGGAUAUGGGACUGGCUAGUGUGUCUACCAGAGGAGUGGAAGUAUAUAUGGAAGGCGCAGUGGUCAGCUAUAAAGAUGGUGUACUUGAUGGUGCGGUAUUACGCGUUAGCAGUCCUCAUCAUGACCGAUAUUUGGGUCUUGGGUGUAUGGACGGAAGAGUCUUGUUCGAGAUAUCUUCGUAUACUCCCAGCGUUUGCUGUCCUCGUCGAGCUGUCUGUUGAACUAGUGUUGGUUCUACGUGUAUACGCACUUUGGGGUCGUAACAAAUGGUUACUAAUCUUUCUAUCACUGAUGAUGCUCGGUUUCACUGGUGUUAUGGUUUCGUCUGCCGUCCUAUCAUUCGGUUAUACGAAGCUGCCGGCGUGGCCUGGCCCUUGCCUCAUUACCCAGCAGCCGUCCAUCGCGGGACCUAACUUCAUUGUCGCUUUCUUUGCAUCUCCCAUGGUUGUUGACUUCACCUUAACUGCAAUGACUAUCUGGAGAGGGCUUCGGCACAGGGCUUCGGGAUCCACAUCGAGGCCGAUCAACAUCUUCAUUAAGCAUCAUGUUCUCUAUUUCGUGGCCAUUUCGUCGCUCAACUUGAUCAAUGUGGUUUUCUUCCUACAAAAGAACAAGCUCAUACAAUCACUCAACGUCGCCAUCAGCAUACAACUAUCAACAGUUCUGUCCUGUCGUCUUAUUCUCAACCUUCGCGCGAACCGCGACCGAUCCGGCAAAAUCAACAAGUUCAGCGACACCCAUGGCCGGUGGAUGACCGACUUUCAAGCCGACACAUCGGAUGAUUUGGACCCUUCUAUCGUUCUCAGCGCGCGACCUCCGUUGGUCAGAUCGGCGGAGAUCCCGAGGAAGGAGGAUCAGCCUUCGGUCAUCAAUGGUAUUGUCGUUCGGUGGGAGCAAGAAGUGAACUACGCGGAUCAGUGGGGAAACAAGAAGAGGGCAAGUGGCGAUCCUGAACACGGCGAUGAACCUACCGCUGCUCGAUGA